CUGCUGCAGAAGUGGAAUAUUGUCUCCGGUAGUUCAACCAGUUUCGAAACACCGCAUUCCUGACACGGAAUACACUCUACAUUUCCAUCGGAAGAGACGUCCCAGAACGCUCCCAAAAUGGACGAGGCAAAAAUAAUCUGUACCCGGUAGAAAGGACUGGAUUUAAAGGCAAGAAAUCAUUGUAUUGUUGUUGUUUUUUUUAAAGAAGCACGGUGCGGAACCAAACGCCGAGCAGCCGCUACUCAUGUGCUCUGUCAGCUGCAGCCAACUUUGUACUUUUUCACCGCCCAGUAAUGUUCUGCAACUUUUUCCACGAGCGCAAGAACACCGCGAUAGCCUGUUCUGGACCUGACGCGAAACAACGCUCCUGCGAUUGACAACCUUUUUUUGAAGGGUGCAUUUAUUUUUUUCAAAAACUGGAGCGGAGCUGUGCAUGUCCGUCACGUGCUUUUCAAUUGCGCACGCCUUUAAACAGUGUGUGUGAUAUUCAAGGUAGUCAAGGGUGGGACAUUCACUUUGUCCGGUGGUCGUCCAUUGCCGGCUGGUUGGUUGGUCAGUCGCGGUCCGGCUGCGGGACAAUGGGCUCCUCCUCGUGGGACAGCCGGCUGUGGUUGCUCCUGAGACGGACUCUCGUGCUGCUGUGGCUUUGCGCGCUCGGGACGCUCGAGGCAGAGGAUGGCUCGUUUAACGGAGAGUCGUGGCUGAGGAUGUACGGCUACUUGCCCCAGGCAAACAGGCAGAUGUCCACCAUGCGCUCGGCCCAGAUCCUGACUGGAGCCAUCGGGGACAUGCAGAGAUUCUACAGCCUGGAGGUCACUGGACAGAUGGACCAGCAGACGCUCAGAGCCAUGAAGAGACCUCGCUGCGGAGUUCCUGACAAGUUCGGAGGGCAGAUAAAAACCAACGUGCGACGCAAACGCUACGCUCUCACUGGACACAAAUGGAGCAAGACUCACCUAACAUACAGCAUCCAGAACUACACCCCUAAGAUCGGAGAGUACAACUCGUACGAGGCAAUCCGCCGGGCCUUCAAGGUGUGGCAGACGGUGACCCCCUUGACCUUCGACGAAAUCUCCUACCAGGAGAUCAAAUAUGGCCGCCGCAAGGAGCCCGACAUCAUGAUCUUCUUCGCCUCGGGUUUCCACGGCGACAGUUCGCCGUUCGACGGAGAGGGGGGCUUCCUGGCCCACGCCUACUUCCCCGGGCCCGGCAUGGGGGGGGACACGCACUUUGACUCGGACGAGCCCUGGACCAUCGGAGACCAGAACCUGCAGGGUAACGACCUGUUCCUGGUGGCAGUCCACGAGCUGGGCCACGCCCUGGGCCUGGAACACUCCAACAACCCCCUGGCCAUCAUGGCUCCCUUCUACCAGUGGAUGGAGACGGACAACUUCCAGCUGCCUGAGGACGACCUCCGGGGAAUCCAGCAGAUCUACGGUCUGCCAAACAGCGCACCCACCAAGGCCCUGCCCGACGUCAUCCCCCGCCGCCCCGAUCCGCGUCCACCACAGUCCCCUCCGCAGGCGCCUCCCAGACAGCCGGAACGCCCCAGGACCACGGAAAGACCGGACCACUACGGACCCAAUAUCUGCGACGGGAAUUUCGAUGUGGUCACCAUGCUCAGAGGGGAGAUGUUCGUGUUUAAGGGUCGUUGGUUCUGGCGGGUGCGGAGGAACCGGGUCCUGGACAACUACCCGAUGCCCAUCAGCCACUUCUGGAGGGGUCUGCCCGGGGACAUCGACGCUGCCUACGAGAGACACGACGGGAAGUUUGUCUUCUUUAAAGGUACGAGCUUAUGGCCCAAACCCACACACGUAGGUUAGGCAUACAUGCAGAC